CCAAAAUCACACCAAAACAUUCAUUUAACAAAUACACUAAACAGAAACAUGACAUUUCCAAAACUCUUGCUCAUUACACUCUUCUUGUCUCUUCAAACACUCUUCAUUGCUUCUCAAAUCCUUACUUCUUCAUCAAACUCUUCCUCCAGCAUCUGCAAAACGACUCCGGACCCCAAGUUCUGCAAGUCAGUGUUCCCACAAACGUCACAAGGGGACGUUCGGGACUACGGCCGCUUCUCCCUACGUAAGUCACUAACGCAAUCGCGAAAAUUCACACGCACGAUAGACAAAUACCUCAAACGCAACAAAGGCUUAUUAUCACACUCCGUCGUUGGAGCUCUCCAAGACUGCCGUGACUUAGCUAGCCUCACUACGGACUAUCUCACAACGUCGUUCGAGACCGUCAACGUCACCGCAUCGUCCAAAACGCUGUCGUUUUCGAGAGCCGAUGAUAUCCAAACGCUUCUUUCCGCGGCGUUGACCAACGAGCAAACGUGUCUCGACGGAGUCAACACCGCGGCUUCCACCUCGUGGACCAUACGGAACGGCGUCGCAUUGCCUCUCAUUAACGACACGAAGCUUUUCAGCGUUUCCCUCGCUUUGUUCACCAAAGGGUGGGUCCCAAAGAAGAAGAAACAAACCGGCUACUCUUGGGCCCACCCGAAGAACACUCACUCUCAUAACAAGCCGCUCCGUCACUUUCGUAACGGAGCUCUGCCGUUAAAGAUGACGGAACAGACGCGCGCCGUUUACGAGUCUUUAAGCAGGAGGAAGCUCGCGGACGACGACAAUGACGAUAACACGGUGCUUGUGAGUGACAUUGUGACGGUGAACCAAAACGGAACGGGGAAUUUCACGACCAUAACGGACGCAGUUGCGGUGGCGCCGAACAAAACCGACGGUACAGCUGGAUACUUUGUUAUCUACGUGACGUCAGGUGUUUAUGACGAAAACGUAUUGAUCGCGAAGAACAAAAGGUAUCUAAUGAUGAUCGGUGACGGAAUCAACCGUACGAUUAUUACCGGUAACCGGAGCGUCGUUGACGGUUGGACCACUUUCAACUCCGCCACUUUUGCCGUGACAUCGCCGAACUUCGUCGCGGUAAACAUUACUUUCCGGAACACGGCCGGACCAGAUAAGCACCAGGCCGUGGCGUUGAGGAGCAGCGCCGAUCUCUCCAUCUUCUAUAGCUGCAGUUUCGAAGCUUACCAAGACACUUUAUACACUCACUCACUAAGACAAUUCUAUAGAGAAUGCGACAUAUAUGGAACAGUCGAUUUCAUAUUCGGAAACGCAGCUGUUGUCUUACAAAAUUGUAAUCUGUAUCCGAGACAACCGUUACCGAACCAGUUUAACGCUAUCACUGCUCAAGGUCGUACCGACCCGAACCAAAACACAGGAACUUCGAUCCACAAUUGUACGAUUAGACCUGCAGAUGAUCUGGCUUCGAGCAACUAUACGGUCAAAACGUAUUUGGGACGACCGUGGAAAGAGUAUUCACGCACGGUUUUCAUGCAAUCAUACUUGGAUGGUUUUGUUGAACCGGUUGGUUGGAGAGAGUGGAAUGGAGAUUUUGCAUUGAGUACGUUGUACUAUGCAGAGUAUAACAAUACCGGACCCGGUUCAAGUACCACGAAUCGGGUGGUUUGGCCAGGUUACCACGUGAUCAACUCAACCGAUGCGAAUAAUUUUACGGUUUCGAAUUUCUUAUUUGGUGAUGAGUGGAUGGUUCAGAGUGGUGUGCCUUAUAUGGCCGGUUUACUUUCGUAAUUUCUUGUAUUUGAUUAUAUUACUUUAUUAGUCCAUAGUAGAACCUUAAUAAACCGUUGUAGU